AUGAGUGGUAUGAUAAAAUCAUACCAACGCCUCUCAAAUCCAGAGCAUAACCAAAGGAAACAAAUUCCUUAUUUUGGUUUUGAAUUGUUUAAAAAACAACUUGAUGAAAAAGUAAAAAGGCUUAGAAAAGAAAAACAAUCCGGUGACGUCAAACUUGUUGUUAAGCAAAUAAUUGGAAUUCUGACUAAAAAACGUCAUAGAAGAGGGCCCUCCAAACACUUUGAAGUUGCAAGAGAUGAUUAUGAAAAUCGAUUAAGUAAAGCAAUUACCAAUAAUGAAAAAUUGCUUUUAGCUUUACCAUCCUUUCCCGUUAAAUGCUGGAAUCCACUUAAAGUUGAAAGGAGAAUGCCUGAUCUUGCUGAACUAAACUGUUUAGGUCGUCUAUACUUAUUGUGCAAGGAAAUAGAAUCAAUUUAUGAACCAGGAGCAAAAGUAAUUUUAAUUGCCGACGGACCAAUUUAUGCAGACAUUUUUAACGAGCCUUUGAAUCUAAUUUCAAAAUAUUCAACUGAAUUUGCCGAGGCUAAAAAAAUUUCGACGAUACAAGUCGAAACUUUUUGGCGUGAAAAUCCUGAUAAUAAACAUAGAAAGAUGUUAUUGGAGAAUACUAUGACCAAUAUUAACGUGGCAACAUAUUCAAAGGAUUUGCUACGUUCUAUAUUUUUUGAUACCAAAUACAAUCGAGAUAUUUCAGAAUUAAAAAUGGUUAAAGAUGAGAUUACCAAGCAAACCGAAGUUAGUGCUUUGAAGUAUGCGAUAUUACUUCAGGCCAUUAACUCUAUGGAACUUGUAAAAAAAUGUUAUCCAGGCUGUAUAAGGGUUACAUGCCACCCCAAACCGGGGCAAUUAGGUUUACAUUUAGUAUCUCCAAAAAGUUGUUUUAAUUUUCCUUGGAAUGGAGUAGGAGUUAAAAAGAAAAAUGGUGAGAUAAGCGUCUCCCUUGAGGAUGAAGUGCGAAGAGACCAAAGAUAUGUUGCUGUUUAUAUAGAAGGGGAAGAGUUCCCCUUCUAUUAUGAAGAACAAUAA